AUGUCACCACAGUUUCCAUGUGAUGUCAAAGCCAAUAACGACUCUGAGGUCAUAUUUGACUGUAGAGGGCGACGUCUCCAUGGAGUGCCUAAAGGGAUAACAAGUAAUGCAACUGAGCUGAACUUAUCAGAAAAUUACAUUCAGAAUAUAUCGGCUGAUGCAUUUUCUCAUCUGGUUAAUCUGACUUGGCUCAGUCUCAACAAGAAUCAUGGGCUGAAAUCUAUCGCUGAGGAUGCUUUCAAAAAUCUGACAAAACUGCGAAUACUUGAGCUAAACAAUAACAAGAUUCUGUCAUUGGAUAAAAGGAACUUUAUGGAUGUAAUGAACGUGACCGAACUGCGGAUGUCCAAAAAUUGCUAUUUCUGGAAUCCUUGUGGGAAAUACGUAAUUAUUAACAGUGACAGUUUUUCAGUUCUGACCCGACUGCGAGUUCUGGAGUUGUCCUUUAACAAUUUAACUCAAGUUCCAAAAGGAUUACCCACAUCACUGGAAACAUUAGAGCUUAAAUCUAACAGAAUCCAAAACAUUUUUGAGUAUGAUUUCCAUGGGCUACCAAACUUAAAAACACUUAAACUGCAGGGGAACUGUCCAAGAUGUGGAAAUGCUCCAUAUCCCUGUGUUCCUUGCCCUAACAUUUCUCUUAGCAUCCAUCCUCGUGCAUUUGCCAAUCUCACACAGCUGGAGUCGCUGCAUUUAGGAGGGAACUCACUGAAAAUUAUUGAGACCACUUGGUUUGAGGGUCUGGUCAAUCUUAGGAAUUUGUUCCUCUCAUUUAAUCUAUUAAAAAAUGCAAUUGUUGGUGAGGUGAAGUUUUUAAGCUACCUCACAAGACUAGAGAAAUUGGAUCUGUCAUUCAAUUUUGGUGAAAAAACGUACCCUCAAACAAUAAAUCUUUCUGGAAAUUUUUCAAAGUUAGUGUCACUUAGGACUUUGCAUUUAGAGGCUUUGGUCUUCCAAGAAAUUACAUCAGAUACUCUCAAACCACUGUAUGAGCUCAAAAAUCUGUCUUCACUGAAUUUAGGGACUAACUUUAUUGUUCAUUCUAAUUCCACCAUAUUCAGAAAAUUCUCCCACCUCAAAAUGAUAUACCUAGCAGAGAAUAGACUGUAUCCCAUUCCAGUGAACAGUACUCCUCGUCCUCACCAAGGCUGCAAUCUGAAGUCAGACCUUUCUAUUUCACCGUUCAUAAAACCCCAUCCAAAAGACUUCUCUUACGAGCUAUCACACAGCCUUGUCAAACAAGAGUGCUUUGACUCUGGACGUGUGCUCAUCCUCAGUUCAAAUAAUCUCUUUUUCAUUUCUCCAAUGCAGUUUGAUGGCUAUGGGGACAUUGCAUGUCUCAACCUGUCAAGAAAUGGAUUUUCAGCAGCGCUUAAUGGAACAGAAUUCUCAUCACUGCCUAAUUUGUUAUACUUGGACCUUUCAUUCAACAAGAUUGAUCUGGCUUAUGAUUAUGCCUUCAAGGAAUUAAAGAAACUAGAAGUACUAGACCUUAGUUACAAUAACCACUAUUUUAAAGCAUAUGGCAUAACACAUAAUUUAAACUUUUUAAAAAAUCUGCCUGUUUUAAGAGUAUUAAAUAUGAGUUACAAUUCCAUUUCAACAUUAACAACUAAAAAGAUGUGGAGCAAAUCAUUGAGUGAGCUUCAGUUUUCACGCAAUAAUCUUGGAACUCUGUGGAAACAAAGGGAUGGUUCAUAUGACAGGCUUUUCACAAAUCUUGUUAAUUUGACUAUUUUAGAUAUAUCCUUCAACCACAUCAAGCACAUAUCUACAAGAGUUUAUGAAAAUUUGCCACACAGCCUCACCAUACUACGCCUACGUCAUAAUUUACUGAGAGAUUUUGACUGGUGUCAACUGGCAAAAUUCAAUAAGCUUAAGAUUCUAGAUCUAAGCUCCAAUUCCUUAUCUCAUGUACCAGAAAUAAUUUCAAACUUCACUCAUACUUUGACUACGCUGGAUUUGAGUCAUAAUAAUAUUUUCCACUUGUCAAAUGGACUUUUAAACGGUGCAAAAAGCCUUAAGACACUUUACCUUAGCUUCAACAAAUUGACUACUAUCAAUCAAUCUACCUUAACUAACAAUCACAUUGAAACUAUAUUCUUGCAGCAUAACCCCUUCCAUUGUACCUGUGAUUUACUAGACUUUAUUGUAUGGAUUGGUGACAAUAGCAAUCAUGUAACGAUCCCUAGACUGACCACUCAGGUGACAUGUGACACACCAGAAAACAGAAGAGGUGAUAUCAUGAUAUUCUUUGACAUUAAUGAGUGUGUAAAUGACAGUAUUGCAUUUAAAAUCUUCAUUUUCUCAAGUUCCCUUAUUAUUAUUACUAUGUUUAUGGCAACAGUAGCUCACUUAUUUUACUGGGAUGCUUCCUAUGUCUUGUACUACCUGAGGGCUAAACUGAAGGGCUAUCAUUCGUUGCACUCAUCAGAAAAUGUUUAUGAAGCUUUUGUAACUUAUGACACCAGAGACCUACAGGUCUCAGAGUGGGUGAUGGAGCACCUGCGGGUGAAACUGGAGGAGGAUGAAGAGAAGCAUCUGCCUCUGUGCCUGGAGGAGAGGGACUGGCCCCCUGGAGUCCCACUGAUAGACAACCUCACUCAGAGCAUUCAAUACAGCCGCAAGACCCUGUUUGUCUUAACAGAGGCCUAUGUUAAGACCGGGACUUUCAGGCUAGCAAUGUACCUGGCCCACCAAAGACUUCUGGAGGAGAAUGUGGAUGUGAUUGUGUUGUUGAUGCUUGAGCCAGUGCUCCAGCACUCACACUUCCUGCGCCUGAGGAGGAGGCUGUGUGGGAAAACUGUUGUCGAGUGGCCCAGAACAGCAGCUGCAGAGCCCUGGUUCUGGCAAAAUCUGAAGAAUGUUAUCCUAGUAGACAACCAAGUGAUGUACUCAAAGAUCUACUCAAAAUACUUUGCCAGCAAGUAAACCAGCAGCCUUGUGAAAUUGUCCAGACUUGCAUACAAGCAUGUGUCCUGGUAUGCAUACAAGGCUAAAACAGCCUGAGGCAAAGAC